AAUUGGGAAGGUGGCGGCGGAUCUGGGACGCGAUGCCUUACGCCAACCAACCCACGGUGCGGAUCACGGAGCUUACAGAUGAAAAUGUCAAAUUCAUCAUCGAGAAUACUGACCUAGCGGUGGCCAAUUCCAUUAGGAGAGUCUUCAUCGCUGAGGUGCCCACCAUAGCCAUUGACUGGGUGCAGAUUGAUGCCAAUUCCUCAGUCCUGCAUGAUGAGUUCAUUGCUCAUAGGCUCGGAUUGAUUCCCCUCAUUAGUGAUGACAUUGUGGACAAGCUGCAUAACUCCCGGGAUUGCACGUGUGAAGAGUUCUGUCCCGAGUGCUCAGUGGAGUUCACCCUGGAUGUGAGGUGCAAUGAAGACCAGACUCGCCACAGUUCAGAUACGAUUUUGGUUAGUGCCUACUUUCUAGUAGAUACUCUUCUAAGCAAUGCAAGUAUACUAGUAACUGCAGCAAAUUUCUUUGCUCAUGGGAGUUGA